AUGGACUUCAGAAACGUAAUUCCCUCCCUGCUCUAUAUAAACAUAUUCACGAUGGGUCCCUUGUUCCACGAGGCGGCAUUGUUCGUGAACGGGAUCCCCCGAGGGCAGGAGUCCGAUGCAACCAUCGCCUCAGCAGACGAGAUCAUUGUGCCCGGACUAAAAUCCCUAGAAUUGUUUAAUCCCCAGACAGAAGCUGCGGGAAGCUCCUCUGCACAGGCUGCAGAGUUCACUUUGCCCAUCGCUACUACAUCUCCCCUCCAUCACCCUUCAAAAACAUGGACACGAGACCCUUUCCUUGAGUCUACGCCUCCCGUAGCCAUAGGAGGCGCCCCUCUCUCAAAAUCGCCCGACUCCACAAUGGACCCGCCAGGAACAGAUGACUUCGCCCUAUUGAUUUCUCGAGCGAAAGCCGAUUUUUUAGCCAGUCUACCCCCCUCAGCCAUGCGGCAGUGGAUGCAUUGGCAGAAGAGAGGCGUACAGCCAAGUUUUUUCCGUAGAGGAGAGGAACCUGAGGAGGGGGGGUCUCCUGCGCUUUUUCCCAUCCCACUCAUCCAAGUGCAGAGCACUCACGAGGACCAGACCUUAUCGAGCAAGAAACCAAAAAUGCCAUUACGUCGCAAACCGACGGAUGGACCAGGCACCUACGUUCCGCAUAUAUCAAGGUCGGGCUCCUCGUCUUCGCUCUUGUCGUCUAGCCACGAAUCGGCCAAAACCGGCAACAGUUCCGGUCAUGGGGCAUCUGCGAAUACUACCGUUGCUCAUGCAGAGGUGACUCCUACGCUACGAGGCGACCCCAUGACGAUAGUUCCGGCCCAGUACGCUGAUGAGCAUGUCGCCGUUGUAAACGGCGAAGCAGCUGCGCCGACGAGUUUGCAUGAAGCUGUAGAAAGAAGAAACAAGACGGGAGUUGCACCGCCGAAGGACGGGCCGGCUCGAAGAAAACAGAUAUUUAGAGGUCGUGGAGGCCGGGGGAGUAGCCACACAGACGACGGAAUGGCUGCCUCUAGCGGUAACACUUGA